AUGAAUCUGCUAAUCUGGUUGUGCCUUCUCGGCUCCUUGGCCACUGUCCAUUCAUUUGGGCUCGACUUUCUUGGCGAUAUCUUUGGACUCGAAGACUCGGAUAACAGCAGCCACAACAAAACCGCCCAGCAAUUGCCGACAUCGUCGGAAUCAUCGGGAAUAUUUGAUGUGUUUGGAACAGCUGCAAAGGUUUUCAACAAUGUAGUUGAUGGCUUUUCAAAGGGAGUUUUGGGACUACUCGGCAGUUUUGGCUCCGGCGAUGAUGAAGGCGAAUCAACGCCAUCUGGAAGCACAGCAAGUGCCACAACCGAGUCAACUUCAACGACCCAAGAAACCACAACGACUAGAGCAACGACUAGCACAACGACGGCUACAACAACGGAAUCCAGCACCGAUUCGACGGUGGAAACUUCCACAACAGAUUUAUCCACGAGCACCAGCACUUCAACGCCGUGAGGAGAAAUUCUGUCGCCUAACCUUCGUAUCGGAUAUUGCUCGGCAUUGUUUGUUUCCCAGCUGCUUUCUGACUGGGGUAUUUAAACAGCGCGAAUGUAAAUAUAAGUACCAGCCACAAGACUCUA